AGCACCUCCCUGCUAAGGAUGGGGAUAGAUUUCCACGUCAGCUUACGUCUCCAAAUUUCUACUUCACCGAUCCGCUUCAAAGAGGCAGCUGCAGUGGAGAAUCAUGUUAAGCUCGGCUACUGCGGAGAGCCCAAGGUAGCCCAAUGAUGGAUUUUGAUGAGCGUGGUCCCUGCUCCUCUAACAUGUAUUUGCCAAGUUGUACUUACUACGUCUCGGGUCCAGAUUUCUCCAGCCUCCCUUCUUUUCUGCCCCAGACCCCGUCUUCGCGCCCAAUGACAUACUCCUACUCUUCCAACCUGCCCCAGGUCCAACCCGUGCGCGAAGUGACCUUCAGAGAGUACGCCAUUGAGCCCGCCACUAAAUGGCACCCCCGUGGCAAUCUGGCUCACUGCUACUCCGCGGAGGAGCUCGUGCACAGAGACUGCCUGCAGGCGCCCAGCGCGGCCGGCGUGCCUGGAGACGUGCUGGCCAAGAGCUCUGCCAACGUCUACCACCACCCCACCCCCGCUGUCUCUUCCAAUUUCUAUAGCACGGUGGGUAGGAACGGCGUCCUACCACAGGCUUUCGACCAGUUUUUUGAGACUGCCUACGGCACCCCGGAAAACCUCGCCUCUUCCGACUACCCCGGGGAAAAGAGCGCCGAGAAGGGGCCCCCGGCGGCCGCGGCGACCUCCGCAGCGGCAGCGGCGGCCGCGGCCACGGGCACUCCGGCAACUUCAAGUUCGGACGGCGGCGGCGGCGGCGGCUGCCGGGAGGCGGCGGCGACGGAGGAGAAGGAGCGACGGCGGCGCCCAGAGAGCAGCAGCAGCCCUGAGUCGUCUUCCGGCCACACUGAGGACAAGGCCGGCGGCUCCAGUGGCCAACGCACGCGAAAAAAGCGCUGCCCCUACACUAAGUACCAGAUCCGGGAGCUGGAGCGGGAGUUCUUCUUCAGUGUGUACAUCAACAAAGAGAAGCGCCUGCAGCUGUCUCGCAUGCUCAACCUCACCGACCGUCAAGUCAAAAUUUGGUUUCAGAACAGGAGAAUGAAGGAAAAAAAAAUUAACAGAGACCGUUUACAGUACUAUUCCGCCAACCCUCUCCUUUAAGGCUCUAGCUAGCUGGAAUUGGGUGGGGGGCUUCCUACACAUGAGAUUAUAUGCAGAUUUUGCCCUCGACAAGGUCAAGACACAUGGUGACUUUUGAAGAAAGGAGGUGUGCAAGAGGGAGGUGGCUACCCAGACAUAGCCCCAAAGGAGGUGGCUGGAACUCUCUUGGGCAUCUGUGGUUACUAUUCCUAACAAUUGGAUUUGGAGUUCUCAUCGUGAGAAUGAAUGGUUUGGGACCUCUGGUGGUUCAGUCUUGGAGACUCUGGAGCUUUAGGCUGGGUGUGGUCUCCAUCAGGGACUGGGACCCCCGCCAGGCUUCUGGAAAUCGACCCAAGCCCAGGACCCUCCACAUGGAGCCUGCUCACCCCCAGGACCCCUGCACCAAGAAGCUAUUCGAUCUCCAAAUCCAGUUCAGUAUGGGGACAGGAGAGGGAGGAAGGGGAGGGAUUCCUCGACAUCCGAAAUGGGGCUGCUUUCCAAACCCAGUGUGAAAGACUGCUGGACUAAGAGGUGGAUACGAGGUGGGAGAGGGAUGCUGAUCCUUGAGGGAAGAAAGUCUACUAUUCCAGGUGUCAUUA